AGUCGUAUUGGGUACCACCCCGAUCACGUCACGAUACCCGGAAGUCAGGCGUUUUGGGAUGUGAAGAAAAUGCUGGGGGAUCUGUUAAUAUUUGGGACGCUGCUGGUGAACGCAGGGGCAGUGCUGAAUUUCAAACUAAAAAGGAAGGAGGCUCAUGGGUUUGGAGAUGAGUCUGGAGCUCCGACAACAGGUGACAACAUCAGAGAGUUCCUUCUCAGCCUGCGAUACUUCAGGAUCUUUAUCGCUUUCUGGAACAUCUUCAUGAUGUUUUGCAUGAUCGUACUCUUUGGAUCAUGAUCAGCGUUUUCCGAGAAAGAUGUUUCAAACAUCUUCGUAACUGGACA